ACUUUGGCCUCAGAGGCAGACAAGAGCAUAUGAACAUGCUUUGGGGGGGGGGGACCUGGAAAUAAAGCAAGCCACAGAUGGAACCAGGUAUAUAGAGAACACGGAAAGAGCCACCAAGACCAGGAAGGGAGUGACAGAUGAUGCAAGGAUGUUCAAACCCAAAAUAUUUGAACAGCCAGGAGAUGAGAGGUGUCCAGUGAAACUCUAUCUAGAAUAUGAAAGUCGACGCCCACUAACAUGUCUGCGUCCUGACAGUAGAUUCUACCUCAGGCCCAACUAUAAAGCACAAUCUGAUGGCGGAUGCUGGUUCGUAGCUCAGCCCGUCGGAAAGAACACACUUUGCCAGAUAGCAAAGACCAUGAGUGCAAGUGCUGGGUUUACAGGGAGACAUGUGAACCACUCAGGUAGAAAAACAUUGGUGACCUCCCUUCUUAAUGCUGGAUGUGCACCCACAGAAGUGGUUCAGGUAACAGGCCAUAAAAAUAUAAUGACACUGAACAGCUAUCACAGCUUAAGCAUUGACCGGCAACACCAAAUGGCCAACAUGAUUCACAAGAAUUGUUCAAAUUCAGCAAACAAAGCUUCAUCUUUUAAAGAACCAGGACCUUCUGGAGAUCAUGAUGAUUACAUGACUGAUGAAGAAAUCCUACAACUUUCCCAAGAAAUGGACCCCGUUGUUGAGCAAACAUUGAAUAAAAUAAAUCAAUAUGAAAAUGUACUUGACUUGCAGGUUGUGCAUAGUCCAGGUGGCUCAUUAUCCAUGCAUCAUCUAAAAAACCCGGGCCAACUGUUUUCAAACUGCACAUUCAAUGGUGCAGUGAAUGUGAUUUUUAAGAAUUAAUAUAAUCAUCUAAGAUUUGUGACAGCAUGAUUCAUAUUUGUAUUUUGAUUGCAUUUUCAUUCUGCAUAUUGCAUCAUAAAUAUUACAAGAUGAGAAGUAUUUUUGUUAAUUGUUGUAAUCACAUAUAUAUAUACUUCACUAAAAUGGCCUUUCUCAUAAUAUGUUAUAUUUUUAUAUAAGUAAUGUCUGAUUCUUCAAUGAAAAAAACCUUUA